UGUUAUUUUCACACCGAUAUGUAAAUCGUUUAAUUGAUACAGAUGACAUAAGUCAAGAUGCAGAUGGAGAACGCGGUUAACAUAUUAGAAGCAUUGUUUCAGAAAGCUGAUUCAGAAGUUAACAGUUUGUCUCAGAAGCUGAAACUUGAAUUUGAAAACGCUGAUCUUGCAGUCAACCCUGUUGAAAUUCGUUCAAAAUUAGAUGACACUAAGAAGGAAUAUGAAACCCUAGUGAAGCUGGCGGCAGAAAUACAAGAAGCACAAAAGGAUGCAAUGCUGGAGUUCAGAGGGCAUCUAAAUGACAUCUGUCAGUUGCUUCUGACGCUGCAAACCAAAACUGGAGAUCUGCCAUCAGAGAAGCCAGAGGAGCUGUGUAGACUGGAGAGCUUUCUUGGCACUACAAUUCCCUGGGGGUCACGCCCUACCCUAGCUGAUGACCCAGGCCCUAGGGCCACGCCUUCAACCAGCCAGGAGUCAGAUAAGAGCCCUGACACUCUUAACUGUUCAGGAAACACAGAACUGUCUUCAUAUUCGACAGAGUUGUCUCCUAGUCCACAGUGUCGUGAGUCUGGAGAGUUUGUAGAGGUCAGCCAAGAGGAGUUUGAAUCUGUUUCCUCAUUGGUCAGGGGUCGGGUCAAACUUGCUGAGGUCAACACUGCCUACAGAACAUUGUGGAACCAUUUCAAAGAGGAUGUAAAAUGUAAAACUCUUACUCCAGAAGCCAUGUACAAGCUGGGUCUGCGUGUCACAGGGGCCACUGGGCAGGCUAAACUGAAGGUAUUGCGCUCACUGAAGUUGAUAGUGCUGACUCCAAAAGGAGAUGUGUCCAUAGUAUGAUAAACAUGGCCUGUCUCUUAUCAACAUAACUGCAUUUUAACACCAGGAGCUGUGUUCAUGGACAUCAGAAAAAGAGACUGAGAAUGCAUAGUUUCAUUCAUAAUUCCAUCAGUUGGGACAAAUACCUCGGAUCAGCAGUGAUAUUUAUUGCAUUAUUGUAAAUGACCAGUUGCAAUCAAUGAAGUAAACCAUAAGUUAAACACGUAUCUCAAUAAAGAUUCACAUAAUGGAGCAAUCACAUUUACUCCGGUUAUGAUGCUUUAUUAUUAAAACUUAUCAUGGAUUGUGUUAAGAUCAAUUCACAUCUUGUAAAUGUUAUGCAUAUAUAUUACAAAUCCUUAUAAUUAUUAUAAACUGACAUCUCUUGUGUUAACGUGAGUUGUUUACAAUACAUGUAUGUACACACAUCAAAAUGUUGUGAUGGCUUUUCUUAGUUAAUACUUAUUUUUGUAACUUUAAGGAAGUACUUUGUCAAGACUCUGGAACUGAUAUAUGCCUGACACAAGGUCUGUUAGAGCACAGAUGAAUGCUUUCAGAGCAUCCAAAUGUUUAGUGAACACAUAAAGGAUGUUAAAACUUACAGAUACAGACAAGUUUUUCAUGUUAAAACAAACAUAGUGCAAUAGUCAUUACAUCAUUGCAAAAAGAUGUACUUAUUUUGAAAUGAAUAGGAUGUUAUAAUUGAAUAGUUGUCAUUGAUGUAUUUUAAUAGCUAUGUAUAUGAUAAAAUCCACUUUUUCAUUAUUAAUAAGAGAAGUUUUUUUUAUACAUAUAGAUUCCUAAAACAAUAUUUGUAGGAUGUUAUCAAAAAAGAAAUACAGUCAUCUGAGCCAGAAGUAUUUGUAUAUUCAUAUUAUAAGCGAGAAGCUUCAUUGCAAGUUUUAUUGCUGAAAUAAAUGAUGUCAUUGUUGUUGAUGUUUAGUAUGUAGUUGUGGAAAGAAAGUUUGCAUAGAAACAUGUUCAUCAUCAAAUACUAAGUUGGCUGAUAUCUCAGAAGAUAGGUGUCAAAAACCACUUUAUAUAUCAUUCUAAUUGAAUGCUUUUAGAUAAAACUUUUAUUGUUUGUAUGUUGCUGUUGUAUUAACAAAUAUUGAUUAUUUUAUAUUUUGUGUCAUGUCUUAGAAACACACCAUCCUAUAAAACGAAAUCAAUAAAAACUAGAUCAUUU